AUGGACCCACGCGCCAGCACAUCCAGCACGGGCACCUCGCAUAGGCUUCGGACCAAGACAUCCGAACUAUCAGAGUUGCUGCGUUGGCGCGAACACGCCGACGCGUCGACGACAACGGUGACGGAGCCGCAGACCGGCCCGACGUCGUCCAAGACGAAGAGGCGUCUGCCUUUCUUGGGACUGAGUCGGAAGAAGCAUGAUAGCGCGGAGAGUUCGUCGAGCUCAGGCAGUAGCAUACCGCAACCUUCACCACAUGCUAGUCCGCGGCAGUCUACCAACUCGCACGUAACGAGCUCGAGCAGGGCCCAGUCUCGUGCGCCAUCGAUGCUUUCCCAGUCCGUCGUCUUGGACUUGCGCUCUACUUCUCCGGCGACGUUAAAGCCGACUCGUUCUAUCACCCCGAGUUCCACGCGUCAGACUUCGCCGGCAUCCGCGCAACGCCUGUCUGAGGAGACUGCACCUUCCUCUGUGGGGGAUCCUGCACAGGACGGACCGGUGAUUACCGUAUCGACACCUUCACAAGAGAAGGCGCCCGGGCGCUCCGCGGGUCCACGCACUCAAAGCCCUGCAACACCGCGUCCGAACCGGCUAUCCCAUGCAACUCCUCGGCGAACGAGUGCAGCUCCUCGCGCGUCACAGGCGCUCAGCGAUGGGGAGGCAACCCGGGCACCUCGCGAGCGCAAGACAAGUUUUCUUGAUCGCCUACGACACAACCGCUCCGACUUGAGUCGCACGCCGUCUACCCAAAGCGCCCGGAAACUAGACGCGGAGGUCCUGUCCGAUCCUGAGCCGUCCGCGAACACUCGACGGUCUCUUAGACCUCCAAACCCGUCUGUUGUCACUUCAGGUUUACCUGUAUCGUCAGGAUCAGCCAGUGCUAGCCCCGCAGGAAAUUCCGGCUCUGUACCGAGCACCUCCAUUACGCGCCGUCAGUCAACAUUGCCCGGCACUGUGCAUCGCUCCGACUCUACCGCAUCUGUUCGACCUUCGAUACGAGCUUCGGACAAUGCAGGGACUCAGGCGGGUAACGCAUCGGACUCCGGUACCUCUACGAGACUGCCCUCGAGGCAGGCAUUAACGCGACCAUCCGCACGGUCCAAUCCAUCUGCGUACAAGCCCUCUCAGAAGCAGACAUCGGGAACUCCCCCUUCGCCUUCAGUCCAGACCGGCUCAUGGCUUCUGACCAAGGCGACGACUCCAAGUUCAGGCCUUCCUGCCUCUCCAUCCUCCCGUUCGCCGGGUGCGCCUCAUACGCGCCGCCGAUCAUCGUCAGAAUCGCAGGUUCCCGAUGCAAUUUCUCAGGCGGGCGCAACGGCAUCCCGUUCCGUUGACGCCACAAACGUUGACAAAAGCGCGCGUCGUCAGUCUUUGAAAGGGUCGACACUGCUCAAGACCCCUCCAAGUGGUCCAUUGCCUGAUCUCCCGCCCGUUCCAGCCAGCUCAUCGCCUGCUGUGCCUUCGCGUACUCCGUCCUUCGUCAGCGUAUCUCCGUCGGCCAUCAGCUCAGUUUCCCUCACGUCCGGCGUCUCUUCCAAUCCAUCAACCCUGGCAACUUCCGUGUCGUCGGCAUCUUCCCGCCCGGGGCUACGUUCUAUCCCAUCUAAUGCCUCUCUUACCUCAAGAGUGAAAAGGCCCACGGAUGACGUUGAUAAGAAGCCUGCACCCAAGACGCGCAGCGCGACUCCAUCUGGCAAGGCAUCGUCACUCAAGAAACCUUCGCCCUCCCCGUCUGCCGCCGCGAAGUCCACACAGGCCAGCUUCACCUCUCUUGCGCCCACACCCGCCAACAUCUAUGCCCUCCAGUCCGAGAAUCUCGCGUUAAAGGAGAAGAUCGAGGCGCUCGAGCGUGCGGCACGUCGACACGAACGCGAGAUUCGUGGCUUGCGCUGGCUUGUCGUUAAUGGAUCCAGCGUCACUUUCGCAAACAUGGGCCAGCUCGCUGACGAGGCGGACCGAGUGGGAUCCUCGGCCAGGCCGACUCCUACAUCCCCUACAUCCACUGCCUUCUCCGACAACGAACCCCUCAGCGAUGGGACUACGGACGCCGCAUCACGCUCUGCUUACGAGCAAAAGAUUGGGCGUGGGUUCGAGUCGGACACCGGCGUGCGAUACCAACCUAUGCGUGCUGCGGCGGCGUCUCCCAUCUCAUAUACCAGCGCCUCUGAAGCGAGCGGUAGCGAGAUGUCCGCACGAAAGCGAUCGACCGCUCUCGAGCGCGCGCGUGCGGCUCGUGAGCAAGCGGAUAAAGUGCUUGGCAGGGACGCUGUCGACGGCGAACUGGGUGCCAUCGAGGAGUCUUCUCCGGUUACGCCCACUGAGGACGCGGCUCAGGAUUCCUCGUCAUCUGGAACGCCUACCGGUCCUACUAUUCCCGUCUCUGAGCCCCCUUCACGCCUGGCGCCUCCAACCCAGGCUGAAGAACCGCGCCGUUCGAAGGACGAGAAGCGCAGUUCCCGCGUAUUCAAACGCUUAUCCGGCAUUUCUCUCUCUGGUGCCAGCACCAAGGCUGAAGUCAGCCCAGCCCCGCACAGUGAGGAUGACGGCCCGCCUCCUAGGGGAACUUCUCGACUCCGCCAACCCCAGAGCAUCGACCAGGUAUUGCGUAGCCGGCGCGAUCCUGCCGUACUCGACAAGCUCAAGAACUUCGCUGGCGUGUCUCAUCACAAUCGCUCUUGA